AAGGCUAAAGUUGAAGAUCAAACACAAGAUCGGAAACAAAAUGAAACUUUCCAAAGUUUUAAGUACUCUGACUGUGGUCUACUCGGUAUGCUUGGGUGUAUGCACGGGCUUGGCUGGGUUUGAUUUUAACGAUAUCGAAGACGAUAUAGUGGUUCGAUACGAGAAAAAACCUCCACAUCACGUUGAGUUCUCUAAUUACCAUCAGUUUUUGAAAACUCCAUUCAAAAAUGAAACUUAUGAAAACUUUUUACACUCCUACAUUGAUGAAUCAACAGCAGUCACCUUCCAAGAUGUGAAUGAUCUGAAUGACAAGAUCAGGCCUGUGAUAAAAAAUCUAGUGACUGAAAACUUUUUCAGAAUCUUUAGGUUGAAUUUGUUCAAAGAAUGCCCAUUUUGGAAAGGAGAUGGCUUUUGUAUGCAUAGAUCGUGUGCAGUUGAUACGAUAGAUGAUUGGGAGAAAUUACCCGAUAUCUGGCAACCCGAAGCAUUAGGUAAAUUGGAAGAUUCCGUGCUAGUGAAGAAGUUGAAUGCAGAUGCUGAGUACAGUAGUAAGGACUAUUGUGAUCUUGAUGGUUUCAUUCAUGAUACGGUUUUUGUUGAUUUGGUUGCCAAUCCUGAAAGAUUUACGGGUUAUGGUGGAGAUCAAAGUUGGCAAAUUUGGAAGAGUAUAUACAAUGAGAAUUGUUUCAAUCUGGGUCACGAUCAAUGUGUUGAAAAGAACUUUUUUUACAAGAUUGUCAGUGGGAUGCAUGCAUCUAUUUCAACUCAUUUGUCAAAUGAAUAUUUGGAUACCACUGCAAUGGAUUACAAACCUAGUUUAGUACAGUUUAUGAUGAGAGUGGGUAACUACCCUGAUAGAAUUGCCAACCUUUAUCUGAACUACAUUGUUGUUCUUAAAGCACUAAUAAAGCUAGAGACUUUUGGCGUUUUUGACGAUCUGACCUUCUGUGAAGAUCUGAAUUUCGUUGAAAAGGAAAACGAAUUCAAAACUAGAUUCAAGGAGCUCUUAGAUCCUGCCUUGGAGUUUAGUGAAUGUCAGAACGAAUGUCUGUUUGAUGAAAAUAUUCUCUUCAAGGAAAAAAAUUCGGCUUCUGUCAAGGAUGAGAUAAAGCAAAAUUUCAAAAAUAUUACUAGAAUCAUGGAUUGUGUGCACUGCGAUAGAUGCAGAUUGUGGGGGAAACUCCAAACUACGGGUUAUGGCACUGCACUAAAGGUGUUGUUUGAGUUAACCGAUAAGGAAAGCUUUCAGCUUGAUUUGUCCAAGGUUGAGUUGAUUGCACUUGUAAACACUUUCGACAGAUUGUCUAAAAGUAUUGAAAGUAUCAAUAAUUUCAAAGUCAAGUAUAACGAAGCGAUUCGGAAAGAGGAAAUGGGCGAGGAUGGCGGAGAUGAUGGCUUUGGGAACGACAAAAUGGGUCGUCUCAAUGAUAGCGCCUUUGUGGCUAAAGUUAAUGACAAAGAGACCUUGAAAAGUGAAGCCAAGGGAAGCCUAAAACAUUCGGAGAACGAUUAUAAAACGCCUAAUUUGUUCCAAAAAGAGACAGAGAUGUAUGAGGAUGUCAUUUAUCCUAACAUAGGUUUGGAUGACACAGACGGCGAAACCUUAGGCCAGAUAUUCAAGCUUGAACUACGAAAUGUAUUCAACACGCUGAAGUUUGUGAUAAGGUCCUACUAUCUUUUUCCCAAGUUGGUUUACAACUGGUGUCUAAUCCGAGUGGUGUAUUACUGGAACACAUUUGUAGGGCACGUUAAUGAAGAUUUCGAUUUUGAUAGGUUAUAUCGGAUUGAGAUAUAGGUAUAUAUAGUUACUUGGUUUGUAUUUUGUUAGAUAAAGAAGUUUAUAAAGUUGUCUGGUCGAUAAAAGAAUUAACUCUUCGAAUGGCGAAACUC